UGACAUCUUUUGAUGCCCAAUUGAUCGUCUAAACAUUCUCAUCGGAUACCGCAUUUAUGUGGGCCACAAUUUCCCAAUCAUACGACCUGCCAAUAUACUUCCCCAUAAAUAUCAGAGAAACUGCACACAAACUUCUCCUCAACAACUAUUCAAGCUAGCGAAACCUAGCUGUCCCCGCCGAUUUAUCGGCCUCCUCGCCGGGACUUUUAAAUCUUUAUUUCCCAUUUUACCCUUCCUCUAAACUUUUCUCUCUCUCCCCGUUUUUCCUUGUUAAAAAUCUCGCGACACAAGUGGAUGGGCUCAGCCACUAAACUCUCUGUGAAUAUAUUCUUUUUUGAAAUGUAAAAUAAAAAAGGGAAAUACCUAGCUUUCUGAGACCUAGGGUUAGUUUAGUCAUUAAUUGUGCCAUGUGUCGGCGAUAAUCAAAAUACUGCAAAUAAAACCAUCGUCGGCGAAGAAGAGUAUAGAGAAAUGCUUAAAGAACGAGUCGGUGGCUCCAAAUCAGAGUUUGCUGUUUCAGUUGAUCGGAAGCGGAUUAACGACGCUUUAGAUAAGCAGCUCGAAAGAUCAUCUCUGUCCACUUCGAGAGCCACGAUCAACGGCAAGGAUUUGUCUGUGCUGAUGGGGAAGCAUCCUGAUCAUCACCGUGACGCUGGCGCCGCUUCGCAAUCCAAAAACAACACUUCUGAUGAGGAAUCUGAAACAGACACUGAAGAUUCAGAUGUCAGUGGUUCUGAUGGGGAGGACACAUCUUGGAUCUCAUGGUUUUGCAAUCUUCGAGGAAAUGAAUUCUUUUGUGAAGUGGACGAUGAUUAUAUACAAGAUGAUUUUAACCUCUGUGGUUUAAGCAGCCAAGUUCCUUAUUAUGAUUAUGCACUCGAUUUAAUUUUGGAUGUUGAGUCCUCUCACGAGGAACAAAACGAAAUGGUUGAAUCUGCAGCAGAAAUGCUUUAUGGUCUAAUUCAUGCCCGAUACAUACUGACUAGUAAAGGAAUGACUGCUAUGUUAGAAAAGUACAAGAGCUAUGACUUUGGAAGAUGCCCAAGAGUCUAUUGUUGUGGACAACCCUGUCUUCCUCUUGGUCAAUCAGACAUUCCUCGCACAAGCACUGUGAAAAUUUAUUGCCCCAGAUGUGAAGAUGCUUACUACCCCCGAUCAAAGUAUCAAGGUAACAUUGAUGGAGCAUAUUUUGGAACCACAUUCCCUCACCUGUUCUUGAUGACAUAUGGGCACCUGAAGCCACAGAAGGCAGCCCAGAGCUAUGUUCCAAGAGUAUUUGGGUUCAAGAUCCACAAGCCAUGAUGUUGGAAUAGGAAGCUUCUUUGGGUGAGAGUUUUCAGAAAAUUGUAUUACCUAGCUUCUAUGUGGAAGUAUUGCUUUUGAGAAUUAAGUCUAGGCUAUUGUUUUACGUGUUUCAAAUAGCAAGGUAAAGCAAAUUCACUAUCAUGGGAAGCAAUCCUUUUUUUUUUUCUUUGUUAUUUUGGUUACCAUUUUAGCUGCCGAAGCAUUUCUGUAACUUCAAUCUUUUUUUGUUAGAGUAAGUAUUAUAAUGCCUCGAACUGCUUCCUUGCAUGUUGAUUUCUUAAUUCUGUGAUUAAUUCCUCACUUGUUGAGUGAAUGGUCCAUUAUAGGAUAGUUAUUCUAUGCACCGUAAUUUUGUGUCAA